GACUCGGAAGGCGCCUCCCGGAGCCGCUGGUGCAGGCAGAGCGGGGAGGCCGACACCCGGAGGCCCCGGGGCCUGAGCGGGGCCGGUCCCCAGCCCGCGCCCCGCGGCCCCCACGUCCCAUCUUCCCCGCAGAAGCGGACGGACUCCCCCGCAUGAGCACGUCCCCCGCGGGGCUGCCCUUCGAGGCCGCCGGCCGGGCUUCUCUCCGCAGGGUCAGCCGCCCCAGACCCCGCCCGCCGCCCCAGGCCCAGGUCCCCCUGAGGCUUCCCGGCCCCGCGCUGCCAGAAGAAACUCAGGCCAGACAGUCCUGCACCCCUGGACUCUGCUGUCUACUGGACAAACUUUGCUGACUUCCGGAAGAGGCGGGACUUCCGGGCGGUGCGGGGAGAGCAGAGCACUGCGAGGGGCGGCGGUUCGCCCCCUGGUGGCGGGAGGCUGCAAUGCGUCCACUGUCAGAACACUGUGCACUGAGUAGGUGAGUAUAGAGAUGCGCUCUCACUUCUCACACAGGAGAGCCCUGCAGGUCCUGGUGCAGAGGCCUCUGCACGCCCUGCCACGGAAGGGGCCGUGCUCGUCGCAGGGCGUGCAUCUUGUCACAUACUACAAAGCAAUUGGCAAAAUAGGCGAGGGAACGUUUUCUGAAGUUAUGAAGAUGCAGAGCUUGAGGGAUGGAAACUACUACGCAUGCAAACAAAUGAAACAGCACUUUGAAAGUAUUGAGCAAGUGAACAACCUCCGAGAGAUACAAGCACUGAGGCGCCUGAAUCCACACCCAAACAUUCUUACGUUGCAUGAAGUGGUUUUUGACAGAAAAUCUGGUUCUCUUGCGCUAAUAUGUGAGCUUAUGGACAUGAAUGUUUAUGAACUGAUACGAGGGAGAAGACAUCCAUUAUCAGAAAAGAAAGUUGUGCACUACAUGUACCAGCUAUGCAGGGCCCUCGAUCAUAUGCACAGAAAUGGAAUAUUUCACAGAGAUGUAAAACCAGAAAAUAUAUUAAUAAAGCAGGAUGUCCUGAAAUUAGGGGACUUCGGGUCCUGCCGGAGUGUCUAUUCUAAGCAGCCGUACACGGAAUACAUCUCCACCCGCUGGUACCGGGCCCCCGAGUGCCUCCUCACCGACGGCUUCUACAGCCACAAGAUGGACCUGUGGAGCGCGGGCUGUGUCUUCUACGAGAUCACCAGUCUGCAGCCCCUCUUCCCUGGAGCCAAUGAGCUGGACCAGAUCUCAAAAAUCCACGACAUCAUGGGCACACCUGCUGCGAAGACCCUCACCAAGUUCAAACAGUCGAGAGCUAUGAGUUUUGAUUUUCCUUUUAAAAAGGGAUCAGGAAUACCUCUACAGACAGCCAAUCUGUCCCCGCAAUGCCUCUCCCUCCUGCACGCCAUGGUGGCCUAUGAUCCUGACGAGAGAAUCACUGCCCACCAGGCCCUGCAGCACCCCUAUUUCCAAGAACAGAGGGCCGCGGAGAAGCAGGCUCGGGGCAGCCACAGAAAAGCGGCACAGGAACUGCUCAGUAACAAGUGGCAGAUUUCCAAGGAGGGCAGCAAGCAGAAACAGCCCCUGAAGCAGGAGGCGAGCCGGCCCCGGAGACAGGGCCCGGCCUACCUGAUGGAGCUGCCGCAGCUGAAGCUGUCCGGGGCCACCAAGCUCUCGUACUCCAGCCCCGGGCUGCACUCGGUGUUCAGACCUGGAGCGAGCGGGAAGGUGCCGGUGCUGAGACCCCUGAAGUGUGGGGGUGCAAACCAGAAGACAGAUGCACAGAAGGACCUUAAGCCUAACCUGAAGCAGUACCACCUGCCCACGAUAGAAAGGAAAGGCGGGGGAUACUGAGCAGCGCAUCCAGCUCACCUCGGAGCGUCAGUGCGGCUCAGUCCUCCAAGUCACGGCAUCCAGCGAGCGCAGCCCGCACGCCAGUGGCACGACGGCCUGGGGGCCGCCAGCCCCGCUGCUCGCAUCCUGAAGGCGCCGAGCUGUAUGUUCCGCUCUAAUACACGUGUAAACCAGCUCCCUCGAAGGUGCCAUUUCACUUUUGUAACCAAGACUUUGGGACAGGAAAUCUUUUGUAUUUUUAUAUGAAUCCAAACAGAAGUUAGAGUUUAUAUUUGUUAUUUAGGCUUGGCUUCCCCGCGGGCUCUGCGUGGGCUUCCAGCACAUCGCCAAGAGCAUGCAGCACGUGACUGCGUGAGGAUACGUGACUUUCAUUAAAGAAUAGCCCUCGUCACAGUA